AUGCCUAAAGCUGAGGCAGGGUCCACAAAGGCCAUCGCGAACGCCGCGAGAAGGAAGGGCCUUGGAAGAUUGCGCUGGUACUGCCAAGCCUGCGAGAAGCAAUGCCCCGAUGAGAACGGAUUCAAAUGUCACACCCAGAGCGAAUCGCACGUCCGACAAAUGAUGCUUAUUGGCGAAGACUCGAAAUCGCACAUCGAAAACUACAGCAACGAGUUCCUGAAGAACUUCAUCGAUACACUCCGAACAAUGCACCGCGAAAAACCCGUUCAGUUCAAUCACUUCUACCAGAACAUUAUCAAGGACAAGACGCAUAUCCACUUGAACUCUACCAAAUGGAAGUCACUGACUCACUUCGUCUCGUACUUGGGCAAAGAAGGUAUCUGUCGUGUUGAGGAUACCGAAAAGGGACUUUUCAUCGCCUGGAUCGAUAACUCGCCCGAGACAUUGCGCAAGCGCGAGGCACUCAUGAAGAAGGAGCGUAUGGACAAGGGCGACGAAGAACGCGAACAGAAAGCUAUUCAGCAGCAGGUGGAACGGGCACAGCGUCAGGCUGCGGAGAAGAAGGCACAGGAGAAGGACAAUGGCAACGGGAAACCCGAAGAUAAGAUGUUGGACCGCGCGGAUGGGGAGAAAGUGAAGCUGAACCUUGGAUUCGCGGCGAAGCCCAAGCCCGAGACAAAGAGCGCGCCACCGAUGCAGGAAACGGUUUCAUUGGAGGAGAAGACAGCAGAUGCUUCUACAACUGCAGCUGAAACGACAGAGACCUCCACGCCGGCGCCGAAGAUCUCGAUGUCAUUCGGCGCGAAGAAACCGCAGAAUGUAUUUGCUGCUGCCUCGAAGAAGAAUCCUCUUGCUGCGAAGAAAGGCCCUGUUAUGGUGCAGCCUAAGAAGAUGAGUGAGGCGGAGAGAAUUAUGAAGGCGGAGAUGGAGGCUCAGCAGAGGAAGCGAUCGAAGCCGGAUUCUGGGUUCAAUAAUAAGCGUCCGAAGAUUUCGCUUUCUUGA